AUGGCUUCCACCCUUGGCGUCCUUGACGUCCUCAGCAAACUCCGUGAGGAAUCAGAGAGAGCUUCCACAGCCUUGACGGCUCAGCAGGAAACCAAUCGAACGCUUCUUCAGAAAUGUAUCGAGGCCGAGACGGAGAGCGGCCGCACAGACGAGGCCAAAGAAGCGCUCCAACUUCGAAAGGUGCAGCUUGAGCAGGGGCAUGAGGACGCCGAGACCGGGCGUAGAGAGGCCGAAGGCAGGCUGAGAAGGCUACAAAUGCAGCAGGCUCGGCGCAAACAGGCGGCUGCGCGCAUGCGGGAAAAUACUACAGCUGCAGGCGCAAGCGCUGUAGCGAUAUCGAAGAGAUUCCGGGCGGAUGCCUUCGACCGCGUGCGUCAGAUCGGUGAGCUCCGAGCUCGCCUUCGCGACAAGCGGGGCGAGCUUGAAAGCGCCGAGGAAGACAAGAGGGAGCUGGACGUGGAGAUCAGCAACAAGAAGGCCACAAGAGACACGGUGAAGGCCGAAGUGACAUCGCAGCUGGAGGCAGUCGCCCUCUCUUGCUCGAAGGUUGACGACAUCGAUCGUGAGAACAAGUCCUUGCUGGCGAGAGCGAAGAGAGUGGAGGGAGAGAUCGACGAGAUCAGGGAAGCCCAGGAGGAGAUGCAGGAAAUGGCGGUUGGUCUCCAAAGAAAGAAUGCAAUCCUCAGGCAUGAGCUCCGCCAUCUCAAGCGCGAACUCGAAGGAGGCAAUCCUGCACAGUCACACAUGGUAUCUUCCCGCGACCAAGGUCGCAACAGCAACAACAACAAUGCUCACCGCAUUGGAAACGGAAGGUACAGAGUGAAUGGCGGUUGGUCUCUGUGUUGUUAG